UGGGACGCCUCUGGCGAGGAACUCGACUUUCGGCUGACCAUUGUCCAGCGUGUCGGGUUCUAGAGUGGGGUGCUGUACCAUGCACGUGCGUAGCAGUGUUGUCGAACGAGCGUUGGCGUGGAGUCGCCUGGAUCCGAACGAAACCACGGCCCGGUACGUCGACCAUUUGCGGUCGCAGUCGACAACGGUGACACCUCCGGGGGGAACCAUCCAUGCUCACGAUCACGCCGUCGCUCUGGCGGAACUUAACAAGCUCUUUCCGGAAACAGGAGAACGGAUUGCCUUUGGUACUGCCGGUCUUCGAUCCGCCAUGAAACCGGGACCCUUGGGAAUGAAUGAUCUGGUCGUUGUGCAAACGGCACAAGGCCUCGCGCGGUAUUGCCGAGCUCAAGCCGAGUUGACCGAGGAAUACGUUGCAAACAACAACAAUAGCCGUAAAUUAUGCGCAGUUGUGGGGUACGAUCAUCGGGCCAACCCGUCUCUGCAGCUAUCGUCCUUGAGUUUCGCCUUGUUGACGGCCCUGGUCUUUCGACACGCUGGCUGGGAAUGUUUCUUGAUGGACGGCUUUGUUGCGACGCCGCUCGUUCCCUUUGCUCUUUCGCAAAUCAGCAACGCCGUCGUGGGAAUUAUGAUUACCGCCAGUCACAAUCCCAAACAAGACGCGGGCUAUAAAGUAUACUGGAACGACGGUUGCCAAAUCCGUCCCCCAGUCGAUGCCGGGAUCGCGCACGCCAUUUUGCAAGAAUUGCAGCCCUGGAUGGACUAUCGAAGAGAACUAGCCACGCAACGAGCAACCUUGACGAAUGAUCCGUGUUUGGGAUUGAGUGACGCUGCACGCACACAAGGCAUGAUUCGAGCCUACUUGGCCAGUAUUCAAGCAUCGGGACUGGUUACCGCCCAGGGUGCGCUCAUCGUGGACGAUUCCGUCAGUUGGAAGCGACCGCCACCCAAGUUUUGUUACACAGCCAUGCACGGGGUUGGCCUCGCGUUUGUGCGACAAAGUUUCGACGCCUUUGGAUUGCCCGAAUUUCUCAGCGUUCCCUCGCAGCAGAAGCCGGAUCCAGCCUUUCCGACGGUACCCUUUCCCAAUCCCGAAGAAGCGGGUGCUCUCGAUCUGGCCAAGGCCUUUGCUGAGGAACAAGGUUGCAGGAUCGUGCUCGCCAAUGAUCCUGAUGCGGAUCGAUUAGCCGUCGCCGAACAACAGGACAAUGGCUCGUGGACGGUCUUUACGGGCGAUCAAAUUGGGGUUCUGCUCGGGCACUGGCUAUGGAGUAGACUCGGCCCUGUCUCCGACAAACCAAUCGCCAUGUGUGCCUCAACGGUAUCGUCUCGUAUGUUGGCGGAAAUUGCCGCCCGGGAAGGCUUUUAUUUUGAAGACACAUUGACAGGCUUUAAAUGGAUUGGGUCCAGAGCGGCGGAACUCCAUCGGUCAGGAUCGUAUCGAACAAUCUUUUGUUACGAAGAAGCCAUUGGCUUUUGUUGCGGGGAUCUAAUCUUCGACAAGGAUGGUGUAACGGCGGCCGCUGUCUUCGCCGAACUUGCCUUGGACUCGUAUCGGAAUGGACGUACACUGGCGGAACACAUGCAGACUCUCUACGACAAAUACGGAGAGUUCGUGUCCAACAAUGGUUACUUUAUUCUCGAUGACCCCACCGUCGUGCCUGCAAUUAUGGAUCGGAUCACUAAUCACGGUGCUUUUGAGACACUCGAUUCGGUGGGCACGUACGCGAUAGACUCGAUUCGGUAUCUGGGUGAGCCCAGCUAUGACUCAACGACACCCGAUCGAAAGCCGACACUCCCAACUUCCCAGUCUUCACCAAUGUUGACCAUUCGGCUGGUGAACGGUUGCGUUGCGCAAUUCCGGGCCAGCGGAACAGAGCCUAAAUUCAAGUACUACAUUGAACUCAAGGGGGCACCAGGAGUCGAUCGGAAAGUGGUAGAGGCAGAACUGCGGACCGUGUCCAGCGUACUACUGCAGGAAUUGUUGCAGCCGUCCAAAUUCGGGUUGAAACAGCCGUAAUCUGGGUCGCCUCCGGGAUGGCCGCAUUGUGCGAAUCCAUUGCGUUAGAAGGUCUGCAAAUUCGCAAUUAUUUGCAUGCUGACGGAACCAUUCCAAGCUCUUUAUACAGAAUUUGUUGUUGCCGUAAGCAAAAUAUACAG